GUUCACGUACUCAACAGGCUCUUCUUGUCCAGAUCGACAUAGUCGACCAGGUCUGCGAUGCUGAAUGAUGACGCCAUGGCGAGUUUGUGUGUGUAGGCAGAUAGAUUGGGAAAGUAAACAAACACGGGUGGAGAAGGAAAGGAAGAAAGACGACAGACAGAAACACGUCUUAAAAAUCUACACAAUCACGAGCGACAAAAGAAGGAAACGUGGCGUCUAUUACUCCGAAUUCCGCAUCCAAUCCCAGAGAUUUGAGAGCUGCAAGCUCAUAGCGUCAUUGCUCUGCCCCGGAACGGCGGGCAGCUGUUUAACUCGUUCGGAUGCGGGGAUUGGUUCAUGCGUGGUCACUUAGAUGGGGCCUCAACAAAAUUGGCGUCUGUCACAAGCAAAUUGUCAAUUCCAACUAAGCCCCCGACAACAGCCGCGUCUGCCAACGUGAAAUGAUAGGGCUGGGGCAUGAGAAAAAUCAUUUAAAAGAAUCCCGCUACUCCGUAUGAGCACUAACCCAUGAGAAAGCCAAGGGGAAUGCAGCCGCUAAUCCUAAAAAUACACAGGCUACAGGUAUGUAUGUAUGA